GCUCUUGCAUCAGUGGCAACUAUCCCGACUUUAGUUCUUUUCACCGUGGUCCUCCUGAUAAACAGGAGCACAACCACUGGCAGCCUUGAAAGUUCCACAGUGCGUAGGAACUUGGAGCAGAAGUUUGUCUACUGGCAGGAUUGGAGCUCUGAAUCUGAGGAUGUGAAAACGCUGCAGGAGGCGCUGCAAAGGGAGCGGCGGGCCUGGGAGAUGACACGGCAGGAUACCUGUAGCUGGGAGGCAGGCAAUCCACCAGCGUCUCCUCAGCAUCACUGGGGAGUCGGUUCCCAGAGGUGUGGGCAGCUGGCCUCUCCGAAGGACAGGCCUCCUUGCUGGGAGCUGGUCCAGCACGCCUGCGGCAUUGUCCCGUCUGACUUCGAGAGGGGUCUCUUGGGUCAGGGGCAGAGAUGUGGGCUGACAUGGCAUGCGGCCUACGGCCGAACUUCUCGGACGCUCGGCGGGGCCUUGGGUGAGUUUUCGACGCCCCUCAGUGAUGCAAGUCUUUGUGACGAUUCGAGGCUAGGAGGACUGAGAAGCUGGACAGAGGAACAGCAGCAAUCCUCACUGGAAUGGUUUCGCAGAAAUGUCCAGAUCUACGUCUUAGAGAUGCCUGGCUUGGUGCUCAACAAUGGCCGUGAGACUCUCGCAAGUCUUGGCUCGCAAGCUUUGCAAGGCACCCCCGUUGCAGGCUAUGACCUGAACUUGGAGCUAGAUGUGCAGGCGGCCGUGAUGGAUGGAUCCUUGCCAUCGGGCUUCGACAUCAACCACUUCAAGGACCAGGUGGGCGCACUGAGUCUUGCUGCGAGCCAUUUCCACGUCCAGAAUUUGGCCAGGCGAUCUGGAACGCCAAAGCCAAUAAUCUUGGUUCUGGAGGAUGGAGCCGUGUUGGCAGAAGACUUUCGCCACAAGGUGUGGUCGCUGAUCCAGGAGGAGACCCCGUGUGACUGGAACGUCCUAUCCUUGUCGUCCAGCUGCCCCACGGGACGUUGUACAUCACCGCACCUGGCACGCAUCGGCCCCAAUCUCGAGAUCUCCAGCUCGGAGCGAUGUCGAGACGUCACAAGCCGAGGAUUUAGAGGCAUGCUGUAUCGCACGGGGACGAUCGACGAUUUUCAGAACCGAUGGAUGCAAGUGGCCUUUGACUUCGCUCAUCCAGACUGUCUGAGUCUAGAUGCCUCGCUCGCGGCUAUCUCAGACGAGGUUGUCCUUUACGCAGUUCCAGCCGUCCAAUCUCCUGGGAUUCUGAAAAGUUGCUAG